CUCUAGUUCAAUGAUCAGCGGAGCGACUUCAACGGCAUUGCAAGGGGGUUAAGAACCUUAGCCUAGUUCAAGGAGGCACAAAGCCGCACUCUACACCCUGGUCGCGACUUCAUAUUGAAGCCCGAACCAGUUACGAUACCCACGAAGUUGCUUUAUGCCAAAAUCUUUGGCAUUCCUGCGCCUAUGCGGGGCGGCCCUCAUGCCCCGAACCGAAGGAUUUCCCCUCCCACCAGCACAGCAAGGAUGUCGGGAAAUUUACCCCUCCGGAAGCGGGCCGUCCAACGGGAGCUUCCAUUCCCUUGGCUAGGGUAGGACGCAGCAGCAGCCGAGAUUAGUCUAGACUGGCAGUGCCACUCUGCUUUGUCCUAAAUCAGGCAGUUACAACCUCGAAGGCAAACAUCAGCGACAUAAUUACUCGCGCAGUUGCACAUGACCGGGGAAUUAUCUGUCCGCAAUCCCGCUGCACAAGAUGAUAGAGGCUCACUCGUCUAAUCGACCAUGGACAUAUUCUCGUGGUUGUUCCAGCGGGCCCCUCAUAAAUCUGAAAUAUGCGACAUCUGCCGACCACACUUUACAAACUCAGGGACAUCGACACCCGAGACAUCGAUACCCAAGACAUACGACAAAAUCGAUGCCAGAAUUCUCGACGAAGCGCAGCAGGCCGCUUGUCAUGGCUGUUGGAUCGCCUGUUUCGCCAUCUCACUGAUCCAGUUGACGAUGGAAACAAAACUAGACGCCCGCCAGGUGAAAGAGUUGUCGUUGCGCAUGCAGUCUGACAAGGACGUGCCGGACGGAAUGGGCAAGACGACGAGCAAGUUCUUCAUGGGUGUCUUGCACUUAAAUGGCCACAGGAGCCUCGACAGUGUCGAAAUAUUCAAGGUGUACCAGGCGGCCGAAGAGUCUAAAGUCUGGUUUGAAGGCUUAUUCAACCCGGCGAAGCCUUAUGACUUGCCGACGCCGUUGUACUUGGAAAGGGCCGCUGACCGCCAGCCGAUAUCCGGGAAGACGGGAUCCGAUAAGGCAUUUGAGACAGCCAUGCAGUGGCUUGAAAAUUGCCUUCGCACACACGCCAAGUGCGGAGACGAUAUAGCGCCGCCCCAGCUCCCCACAAGAGUCAUUGACGUCGGGAUGGACGGUCCGGUGAGGCUUGUCGAGCCCGGCUCCAAGAGAGCGCCGUACGUCUGUCUGAGCCAUCGCUGGCCAACACAUACCAAGAUCCUCCGCUGCCUGCAGGAGAACAUCGAGGCUCUCAAGGAGCACAUCCAAAAGGAAGCGCUUUCCCAAAACUUCCAAGAGGCCAUCUCCUUCGUGCGGCGAGUCUCGGCCUGGUACAACCGGAUGCAUCCCGAUCGCGAGCCGCUGCGCUACCUUUGGAUCGACAGCCUGUGUAUCAUACAGGACAGCGAGGAAGACUGGGAAAGGGAAAGUGCCAGGAUGUGCGCCAUCUACGAAAACGCGACACUGACAGUCGCCUCGGCAUCCGGCGGCGAGGGAUGCUUCUCGGAGGCCGAACGUGUCUACCAGGGCUUCAAGGUGACGAACCCUGCACGACCUAACCCAACGCUGUAUCUGCGGAAGGAGCUGCCCCAUUACGAACAGCCGCUGGAACUCUUCACCCGUGGCUGGGUCCUUCAGGAGAGGCUGCUAUCGCGGAGGCUGCUUACCUUCGCACCGCAAGAGCUGAUCUGGGAGUGUCUUGAGGUCGUGGACUGCGAGUGUACGGUUCUUGCGGAGGGGCAGAAGGCGUCCAGUGAGCCUGAUGCUGCUGCCGUCAACGUGUGCGGCCCUGCGGACGAACCCGAGGAAGCACAAUAUGACGUAUUCUCGCAAUACAGGAACCCGGCCAUGUACAAGAAGAACAACCCCAACUCCCACGUUAUCUCGUCACCCGUCAAAAUCGCGCAUCAAACUUCGCUACAAGGCCGAGGAAGACAUCGGGAGGCAAAUUUGAGAUACUGGUGGAGACGGCUGGUGGUCAUGUACUCCCAGCUGCACCUUACAGUAAACUCGGAUAUCUUCCCCGCAUUGUCCGGGCUCGCGUCCCAGUUCGGACAGGCCACAGGCCAAACGGACGGGGAUUACGUCGCAGGAUGUUGGAAGUCGUCUCUCCUCGAAGACCUGUUGUGGAUCGUCGACCCCUCGGAGAAGAAGAAGGAAGGAGAACAGCCAGUAGACUACAGACAAAAGACGUGGCGAGCUCCAUCGUGGUCGUGGGCGUCUGUCUCUAGCCAGGUUCUGUAUCGACAGCACGACCCGUCGUGGCCCGAGGCUUUGGUAGAGACUUACGCGCACAUUAUUUCUACGAAGAUGGUGACGGCAGGGGCCAACCCCCUCGGAAGACUUGUUUCUGCGUCGCUUCAUGUAAGGGGACCUAUUCUAGUAGGAAAUCCCAACGAUUUCGACAAAGAUUUAGGCGUCGAGGUUGAAUACAGCGGUGACACAGCAGCACGGCUGACCGAUCUCGACGGUCUGCAAGCGUUUCUCUUGAUGGCGAAGUACAGGGAUUAUGAUCUCGAGCAUUCUGACACGGAGUCGACGGAUUGGUGCUUUCUCCAUUUGGAUCAGGCGGACUCAGCCGAGUUUCGGUACCGGAGAUUGGGAUUGUUGAUACUGUCGAGCGAACAACCAGUCGCGACACAAAAGGUGCCCAAUCUUGCGGAUGAAAGAAUGCACUCAUGUUUCAAGACACGUAAAAUCCAGGAUAUAGAACUGCUUUAGAGCCGAAUGCUAUCACUGCUACCUGACAUUUGGAACGGUGGAGGUUACACGUGUCUACAGUGUCAUCACUUGACAUUCUGCCAAACUACAGCAGGACAGCCCGGCUCAUUCCAAAUCGGCAAACGCUUGGGGCACAGAGUGACGAUCCAAAUAUAAGCCUGUAUGGACAAAACAGGGUCAAAUUUGUAUCAAAGGUCACCGGUGUGGCCCUGAGAACGCCGCCUGAUUACUACCGGUUGGGUUGGUCGCCGGCACCGGCGCUGGCACCAUAAUCAUGUGGCGAAAUCGCGGCAAUCAAGGGGGGAGGACCACUUGCGCGAUAGGGAGG